AUGGCACCGAAAGAGAAGAAGACCAAAGAGCAGAUUGCCGCGGCGGCUGCCGCUGGCAGCAGAAAGAACAAGAAGCAUGCUUUAAUCUUUCACGAUCGAAGAGAUGUUUGGGUUGUGAAGCUAUGCUCUCUUGCUGCUGAUGACUUUAGGGGUCUCCCUCUCUUGUGUCUGUUGAGCGCUUUGCAGAAAUGGUCCAAAGGCAAGAGCAAGGAGAAGUUGAACUACGCCGUGAUGUUUGAUCAGGCAACCGUGGACAAGUUGCUCGCAGAGGUGCCGAAAAUGAAGCUGAUUACUCCGUUCACAAUCUGCGAACGGCUCAGGAUCAAUGCUUCUCUUGCACGGAGAGGCAUCAGGGAGCUGCACUCCCAGGGACUGAUUAAACCCCUGGGUGAGCAGCACCACUCUCACUAUAUAUAUACCAGGCCUACUGCUGCUUAA